CGCAGUGGACGUCAUCUCCGUGCGCCGGAAGGAAAGCGUACUUGGGCAGCUCUUCAAGCUGAGUUGGCUGAUCGCUCGGGAUCUUGUGUUGGCUUGUCAAGCGCUUUUGGAUGUUUUGGUAGUAGAGGAGACACGCAUUUACGCCUCGCAGAGCUUUUCCCCUCCGAAUUACGUAACUGUCAAGACAACGUUUUGAAGAUUUCAAACGACGACAUGGAUUCCGCCAAUCAAGACAUCAAUCUGAACUCUCCACAUAAAGGCCUGGGCUCUGACUCUCUCUCAGACGUGACUGAAGAGAGGGGGGCCGCUGCCGUGAGUCCUGGGACUCUCCCUCCCGGCCUGACAGAGGAGGAGGCCGAGGAACUGAGACUGGAGCUCACCAAGGUUGAGGAGGAGAUCCACACCUUGAGGCAGGUGCUGUCGGCUAAAGAGCGCCAUGCGUCGGAGCUGAAGCGUAAACUGGGCCUGAGCCCCCUGAGCGAGUUCAAACAGAACAUCACCAAAAGCUGGCAGGAUGUCCAGACCUCAAACGCCUAUGUGGUGAUGUCCGAGAAGCUGGGCCAGUGGAAUGAGAAAGUUGCAGGGUGUGAUAUAUAUCUUUCAGCUUCUGCCACUCUGGAUGACAUUGCCAGCUCUGAAGUGUAUAAAAAGACUCAGGAAACGCUGUCUCAGGCUGGACAGAAGACCUCAGCCGCCCUCUCCACCGUUGGCACGGCCAUCAGCAGGAAACUGGGUGACAUGAGAGCUCUUCCUUUCUCUAACUCCUUCGGUAGCAACUACUCCAUUCGCCAUUCAAUAAGUAUGCCAACUAUGAGGAACUCUCCAACCUUCAAAUCGUUUGAGGACAAAGUUGGAAACAUCAAGUACAAGGUGGUUGGAGGCAAAGCCAAUGGAGAAAGUGCCCACUCUCCGAACGAGUCAAACCCGGUGCAGGACAACGCUCCGUUCUGAGAGCCCGCCCUCUUGAUUUAAACACUCAUCUCAUUCUUUGUGAAUCCUGACUACACCCACACUUCCGUUCUCCCAGUUCUCCCGUUCUCUCUGAAUUCUUUCAUCCCUCCUUCCUCUGUCUCCUUUGACACCCCUCCACCUACUGCUAGCAUGUGCUUGCUCAUCUCACUCGAAACACACACGUAGUACAGAUCCUGUGACACGAAAUCAUCACAGCUUGUACAAAAGAAGACAAACGAUGAAUCAUUUUGUAUUAGAAACUAUUUUACACUGCUUUGCAUAAUGUUUUUACAUAACUUUUAUCUAUAUAUGACUAUAAAGGAAUACAAAUAUAAACUAUAUUUAAACAGUACUGCCAAGCAGCAUUCAUCAGGCGGCAGAGGGAAACAAAAUACACAAAGAAGAAGUUAAAUCUGAAGCGGGGGGAGGAUUUUAGACCAAUAAAGAAAAGAAACUUGCUGCAGGUUUCUAUGCUGCUGAGCGUUCAGUUGAGUUGUUUUUUUACAAUGUGAAGCGAUGCUUUGCUGUACACCUGGUGAAUGUCGGCCUUACACUGGCACACUCUAUUGCUCUAUCGGUCCGUUGCUGGUAAAAACCUUACACAAAGUUGUUUUUCGUUUCACCUUUGCUCUUUCUCGCUCGUGUUCGUUUUUUCAUUAAUGGGAAUGUUUUAUUUAUGCUGUAGACGUCGGAAAUCGCUCGCCUUUUGCUUCGUGCCACGCUGUGUGUGCCAAUUAGUAGAUGCCACAGACCUUUUGCUGUCAGAAUGUUACACGCUAUCACCAAACUAUCACAUCACAAAGAUCACCGUUCAGUUUUAAGGAAUAAAACACAGAUACUUUCAUGUGCACUUAAGUGGCAAGUAAGUCCUGCUAAGUAAGACUAUUUUCUUUUAUUGUUUCUUUUGUGGCAUUUAUCCCCCCCCCCCCAAACAGACGUGAACACUAGUGUUGUCUGUAUGGUAGCACAGUCACUUUUUACCUGAAAGAUAUUGGAAUAUAUUUCACCAUUAGCAAGUGUAAUCUCUUAUUUUCGCCUCAUUUUUGAUAUUUCAUUCACUUGUAUGGGUGUCAGUGGGUGGCCUUGUUUCAGUAUACUAAACGAUGAUGAUCACAUGCCUCAUUGGGUGAGAUGCAAGGGAUUACAUACAUUUGACUGACCGGUGCAGAUGAGGAGAUUUUUCUGCUCGAAUCCACGCAUGAUGUGGAUACACCUGUAGUUCUGUAAAAAAAUGAGAAAGAUCGUGAACGUUCAGAGGGAAAGGACUUCUUUUGUAUUAUUUUGAGUAGUCGUUUUCAGGAGGUCGUUUAGGGAACAUGCACCGUAUGGCUUUAAAUUAGAGAUCUCAGUCUAGCUCUUCAGAUUUAAAGGAUCAGAUUGUUUUCUUUUAGAACAACAGUGGUGUAAUGCUUCAUACUUUUUUUGUCAGUUGUUUGUAUAUCAAUAAAGCAUUCGUUUAAACGGC